CAAUCCGCUUAUAUUUCCCCCAGAAAUCUUGAGGGUGUGGACAACCCUCCUCACGUUUCUCAGCCCCUCUAGAACUCCUCCCCUCCAGAUACUCUCAGCCUCUUUCAAGCACCUCUGGUCCUGUUUCAAUCCCUCUCAAUGCCCCAAUCUCCUCUCCAACUCCACUAAGGGCUUCUAGGCCCUUCUUCCUUUCCUGAGAACUCUUGAGAGUGUGGACAACUCCCCACGUGUUUCUUGGUCCCUUUAGAUACCCCCCAGACAUCUUUCAGGCACGUGCUGACCCCUCUAGAAUCAUCUCAAUCUCUCUAAACACUCCCUGAGAUCUUUCUUGGCCCCUGUGGACACCCCUUUUAUGCUCCUCUUCUUGUCCCCUAGCCCCUUCUCAGUCCCUCCCACCAUAGCCCAGGCCCCUCCUAGACCCUCUAAAUGCCCCCCAAGCUCUUGCCCAUCUCUCUAGUUCUUCCUCCUGGUUCCUCUUGGCCUCUCUAGACAACCCCAGUUUCCUUGUCCCGGUGGCCCAGGGCCUCUCCAAUCUCCCACCAUCCUGGAGGCAGCCACAUUCUCCUAAACACCACCCCCCCCGCCCAAGUCUGCGUGGGCCUGGGGAGCGCAGGAUGGCUGCAGGUGUGGCUACCUGGCUGCCUUUUGCUCGGGCCGCUGCAGUGGGCUGGCUGCCCCUGGCCCAGCAGCCCCUGCCCCCGGCACCGGGGGUGAAGGCAUCUCGAGGGGAUGAAAUUCUGGUGGUGAACGUGAGUGGACGGCGCUUUGAGACCUGGAAGAACACGCUGGACCGCUACCCGGACACUCUGCUGGGCAGCUCUGAGAAGGAAUUCUUCUACGACGCCGACUCGGGCGAGUACUUCUUCGAUCGCGACCCAGACAUGUUCCGCCACGUGCUGAACUUCUACCGCACAGGCAGGCUGCACUGCCCGCGGCAGGAGUGCAUCCAGGCCUUCGACGAAGAACUGGCCUUCUACGGCCUGGUCCCCGAGCUCGUCGGUGACUGCUGCCUGGAGGAGUACCGGGACCGCAAGAAGGAGAAUGCCGAGCGCCUGGCGGAGGAUGAGGAGGCUGAGCAGGCUGGGGACGGGCCAGCCCUGCCGGCGGGCAGCUCCCUGAGACAGCGGCUCUGGCGGGCCUUCGAGAACCCACACACAAGCACCGCGGCCCUGGUUUUCUACUACGUGACCGGCUUUUUUAUUGCCGUGUCAGUCAUCGCCAACGUGGUCGAGACCAUCCCCUGCCGUGGCUCUGCGCGGCGGCCCCCGAAAGAGCAGCCUUGUGGCGACCGCUUCCCUCAGGCCUUUUUCUGCAUGGACACGGCCUGCGUACUCAUCUUCACGGGUGAAUACCUCCUGCGGCUGUUUGCCGCCCCAAGCCGUUGCCGCUUCCUGCGGAGUGUCAUGAGCCUCAUCGAUGUGGUGGCCAUCCUGCCCUACUACAUUGGGCUUUUCGUGACCAAGAACGACGAUGUCUCAGGCGCCUUCGUCACCCUGCGUGUGUUCCGGGUGUUCCGCAUCUUCAAGUUCUCCAGACACUCACAGGGCUUGCGGAUUCUGGGUUACACACUCAAGAGCUGUGCCUCUGAGCUGGGCUUUCUCCUUUUUUCCCUCACCAUGGCCAUCAUCAUCUUCGCUACUGUCAUGUUCUAUGCUGAGAAGGGCACAAACAAGACCAACUUUACCAGCAUCCCUGCAGCCUUCUGGUAUACCAUUGUCACCAUGACCACUCUUGGCUACGGAGACAUGGUGCCCAGCACCAUUGCUGGCAAGAUUUUUGGGUCCAUCUGCUCACUCAGUGGUGUCUUGGUCAUCGCUCUGCCUGUGCCAGUCAUUGUGUCCAACUUUAGCCGCAUCUACCACCAGAACCAGCGUGCUGACAAGCGCCGAGCACAGCAGAAGGUACGCUUGGCAAGGAUCCGGCUAGCAAAGAGUGGCACCACCAACGCCUUCCUGCAGUACAAACAGAAUGGGGGCCUCGAGGACAGUGGCAGUGGGGAGGAACAGGUGCUGUGUGUCAGGAACCGUUCUGCUUUCGAGCAGCAACAUCACCACUUGCUGCAUUGUCUAGAGAAGACAACGUGUCAUGAGUUCACAGAUGAGCUAACCUUCAGCGAGGCCCUGGGAGCUGUCUCGCUGGGUGGACGCACCAGCCGCAGCACCUCUGUGUCCUCCCAGCAGAUGGGACCCGGCAGCCUGCUAUCUUCUUGCUGCCCUCGCAGGGCCAAGCGCCGUGCCAUCCGCCUAGCCAACUCCACUGCCUCGGUUAGCCGUGGCAGCAUGCAGGAGCUGGACACACUAGCAGGGCUGCAGAGAAGCCCUGCCCCUCAGAGCCGCUCAAGCCUCAAUGCCAAGCCCCAUGACAGCCUUGACUUGAACUGCGACAGCCGGGACUUCGUGGCUGCCAUUAUCAGUAUCCCUACCCCUCCUGCCAACACCCCAGAGGAAAGCCAACCUUCCUCUCCUGGUGGCGGCGGCAGGGUCAGCAGCACUCUCAGGAACUCCAGGCUGGGUACCCCUUGCGUCCUCCCUGAGACUGUCAAGAUCUCUUCCCUGUGAGGGGCAGGCCUGCCCAUUCAGAGGGCCCUCUUCAUUCUUGGGGACUCGUUUUCCAAAGCCAUAUUUUGGGGAGGCAGAGAGGGGCAGGCGAGGGGACCUCCUUCUGCCCCCCACCAAGAACUAUGCAAUAGAGUUUCAUGGAAUGGCCCACGUGGUGGGGAAGUAGCCAGGGAAUGGGAAACUUCCCCCACUCCAGACAAUUUUCCUGGCAGGAGCUGAAACACUGGGCUUCCGCAGGCCCCCAACCUUCUUGCCCCAGUACACUGGGACUCGCCCCUCUCCUCCGGCUGGCCUCCUGCAUGCUCCUCCCCUCAGGCCCUCAGAGAUAGUUAAAGCUCCCAUUUGACAUCUGAGCUCUGGCCUGAGAAGGAGAGUUGAAAUUUCCUCUUCCCUCUGGCUGGGCUGUGGAGGUUUGGGGGUUCAGAGAAGAGAACCCUCACCCCUGAAUUGGCCUCUAGGAGAGGUCCCCACCCUCCACCAGGCCCAACAAUUCCCAGAUUCCAAAGCUUGGAAUGCAACCACAGGCUUCAGGGGCUGUGGCCUCAGCAGUGACCUGCCACCCCCAGACCUUGGCUGAGGGGUCAGCCUGCCUCUCCCAACACACACAGAUAGCACAAAACCACCACCUCCUUCCCUGGCUGCUGAAAAUGGGUCCCUGUAACCCUGUCCUCCACUGGGCCCCCAGCAAACUCUAGCAAUAGCAGCUGCUGCCAUGACAUUAUGCAAAGCCUCUGACCAGUUUUCUGCAGCAUUUACAUCUGCCCUAAUCAGAGGAGCCACCUCUAACUAUGAUUCCUUCACUCCCCUCCUCUGGUUUGCUUCCUUCCUGGGUUGGGCUGGAGUCUGGACUGGCUGAGAUAAGAGACUGGCAGCCAACAAGAGCUGAGCUGUGUUUGGAGAUCAGGGGCUGAUUCCAUGUUCCUUACACAGGAGUCCAGAAGUGACAUGGGUUGAGGUCUGGGUUGUUCCUGAACUCUGGGAGUUGUAUGAGGCAGGAUGAACUUCUUUAUCUCUUUCUCUUACCCCACAACUCCUUUUCACAUACUCCUCUCUCUUCUCCCUGUUGGGUCACCUUCCGUAACUCUGCUCUCAGGCUGAAAUCUGGCAUCAUCUCAGGUUCCCUGUCCCCAGCACUGUCCCCAUGGAGCUGGCGGCUGAUAAAGCUGUCAUUUGCAUCAGUCAAUAAAACCUGAGGGGAGAGAUGAGGACUGAGUACCUCCUGGCUCUGUGGGUUUGGGGGCUGGGUUGGGCUGGGGGGUCUAAAACACUCAUUUAAAUUCCUUUCAACUAGUAGAGGGGCUGUAGUGGGGUAAAGGUAUGACAGGUAGAUGGUUGGUGAUGUAUUCUGGAAGAUGAGGCUCUAGAACUGGUGGUUUGAAGAGUCGAAUCUAUGGCCAGUAAGGCAGGCUAGGGGUCUUGAGACAUUCCUCUUUAACAUCAUCUGCUCCAGCUCCCUCAUUCACAUAUGGGGAAACCAAGACCCAGAGCAGCAUGUGGUUGGUUAGAGGAGACUUAAGCCCAGGCUUCCUGACAGCAAACAACUGAAUUCAAUACUAAUAAAAGCAUCUUUCAUUUUGGCGAAUUCCC